AUGAAGUCAUUUCGGAAAGGACGAUCGACUUCAGCAGGGCCAGCAAUUAGAGCUCGUGAGAGCAACACUGCACCUGUGCUUUCAGCACGUGAAAGAAUGGAGGCGUACAACCAAUCCUACAAUCGACCAACGGUACCAACGCGAUCCAAACGCAACCCAAUAAUGGAUCGUGUUUCCUCCAAGAGGAACGCAGCAGAAGCAACAGCAACAGCAACAGCACAACCUCUUCGACCUUACAGCAAACACGCUCCUUCCAAUAGGAGUGCGACCUUGGUGACACAUCACCAAAGUAACGCCGAAUCCAAACCUUCCUUAAACGUUUCCAAAUCCUAUCGAGCUGGAAAGUCUAAUCGAAGGUUAGAGUUCCAACAAACACAAGUCCAACACGCUCAGUCAACUCACAACUGCACACGUUACUCGCGAGACUUUCAGAAGAGGUCCUCGCGAGACUCUAUCCAACGACAAAAGUCUUCCAGCGAGGGUUCGACACUGCCCUCCCGACAGGUAUCCACGGGUGAUGAGACCUACUCGGAUGCCCAUUCCCGACUCUCAAAGUAUAAGGCUACAAUGGGUAGCUCCUAUCGAUCAGACCCUUCGUACUUGGUUCCACUCCUCGCAGCCCAAGCUUAUCACAUUCCUGGAAACACCUGGUUCCAAGAUUGGAGACAAUUCAUGCGCAAUAACCAUCCUCUCUUUGGAAUCUGCUUACACCAUAAACUUCAUCCAAUCAAAUCUUGCACAAGGAUGAUUGCUCUUUGUGGAUCCAUCCUGUUUGGGCUCGUCAUGACCAAUAUUUUUUACUUGUUCUACUUGUGGAACCCUGAAUUUGAUCAAAUUGUCAUGAGCAUCACGCUCGACUCGGGUGAGAUAUACACACUUACCACGGGAAUGCUUUUACUUUGGACUGUUGGUGGCGGGAUUCAUGCUUCUUUCAACUUGUGCUUGUGGUACAUUGCCGCUUGCAGUUGCUGCAGAGCCGGUGGCUGCUGCGAAGCAAGGGCCUGCUGCCCGUCAUUUGGGAAACAUUUGAUUCGAGGUGUCGUUCUUAUGAUCGUAGUCAUGACGGUUCUUGUCAUUGUCAUGAGGAUCGCCAUUGGGAAUCCGGAAACUGAUACUCUUGAUGACGCAGCUGCUACUAGCAACGUUACAGAUUCCAAUGGCAUCGACUUCUUCUUUACCGACGAGGCCUGGGAUUUUAACGUGAAAGGGACUGAAGAGUUUCACUUUGUGCUUGCGUAUCUUGUGCAAAUGGGCCUUAGCCUCUUUGUGUACUACCCGGUCUUCGCCACGGUACUCAUGUCGGGUGUAUUGGGAUGCAAUGGAAAGGUGCCCCUCUUGGGAGGACGCCCAUACGAGGUGGCACAAUACAAACGUAAACAGCAGCGGGUGAGCAAACUUGGAAACUGGGAUUCGUCAGGAAGCCCCACCUACCUUGAUAGCUACUGCGGCGAAGGUUCGGAUGAAUUUGCUCUAAACUUUUCGUUCGUGUCCGAUGAUCGAGAAUCUGCACACGAAGAUGACAUUGAAAUUCUCUGGACGCCCAAAGCAAAGAGAGAAUUUGAACGACGGCGGUCGGCGUGA